UCUGCCUCUGUUCCCACGUACCCUUCUCUCCCUGUUCAGUUGGCCUGUUCUUCCCUCUGUGCUUCACUUCAAUCUCUCUGCGAAGACCCAACGCAAUCAUUGUAAACCAAAUGCUUCAAAAUACGAGUUCUGGUUCUUGUCGAUUUGCAUCAAGCAGUUAGAUAAAUUCUUUGUACGGUUUUGCUUAAUUUUCUCGUUGCAGCAACUGCAAUUGAUGAGACUUCUAAAUUACAUGCGACAAUGGAGGGGCUUCGCGAGGGAUGCUCUCGAACAGACAUCAAUUGUAGCCAAGUUCCUUUGCUUGCUACAUGUCACCAACACCUAUGUCUGCUCUUCUACCCUCGUAUAUGGUGUUAGCAUGCUCCCAACACUGAAUAUUGCAGGCGAUGUGGUAUUGGCUGAACACAUGUCUCACCGAAUGGGGAAAGUGAGUCCGGGAGAUUUAGUGCUCGUCAAAUCACCAAUUGAUCCAAGAAAGACUAUGACCAAGCGUGUUAUGGCCAUGGAAGGUGAUAGGGUUACUUUCCUUGUGGAUCCAAACUACAGUGACAGGAGUUGCACUGUACUGGUCCCAAAGGGCCAUGUGUGGAUUCAAGGGGAUAACAUAUAUGCUUCGCGUGAUUCUCGACAUUUUGGCCCUGUUCCUUAUGGUCUUAUUCAAGGAAAAGUGUUUUGGAGGGGUAAAAUAUAUAGCAUUGGCUAAUGUAUUGAUACAAAGCCUUAGCCGCUGCUUGUUGAGGACCAUAGCUUGAACUGAAGAUUGGGUUGAAGACCAUAGCUUGAACUGAAGUUUGGGUUUUGUUCUAAAGUAGUUUUAUUAGGCAAAUAUAAGGAAAGGCAGUUCAGCACAGAGGAUGGGAAUUUGAAGAAUAUAAUUAUAUUUGUAGGCAUGUGUGCUUAUAAUUAUAUUUGUCCAUGUGCUUUUUUGUGGUUCCCUCCUAGAUACUGUGUGAUUAGUUAUUCUAAAUGUUCCAGGCCAACAGCUUAUACCUAUUGUUUUUUUUUCUAUAGAAGUAUAUGGUAUUGGAUGUCACAAUUCCCACAAUUGCAAUAAUUUGUUUGUUAAGCAAUUCGAUAUAAUGCUAGC